AUGAGGUUAGAGAUCUUAACUCGUGUACCAACACAAACAGUUCUCGACUGCAAAUUAGUGUCUAAAUCUUGGAGACAGAUUGUUCGUCAUCCAUCCUUCUCCCGGAAACACUUGAAGCAUCUCAAUGAUUCUGAUUCUGGUAAGUUGAUGGGUUUUAUUUUAUUUCAUAAAACACCAGGGCUAGAAGAAUAUGCAGAGUAUGAUGAUGAGAGUUCUUCUUCUCAUGGCACACCACCCUUUAGCAAAGCAAGAAGGUUCAAUAUAAUAUCUCCAUUUGAACACUAUGAUCUUCUUGAUUCAUGUAAUGGAUUAAUUUGUUUCAAUGCACUCCGUAGUGGUUAUCCUUUCGCUGCUUUUCUUCCCCUUGCGGACCGUCUCGUAUAUUAUGGACCUUCUUUUAUCUGCAACCCUGUUACUAGAGAAUGUGUGGUACUUCCAAAAUUUGAAGGGGAAGACUUGUUAACUGGAUUUGGUUACUGUUCGUCGACUAAUGAGUAUAAGGUUGUUGGAAUCCGUUGCUGCAAGAGAGAAGCACAUUACGGAGUUGUUCAGGUAUACACUCUUGGGAGUGGCAAGGGAUGGAGAAAUGUUGGAAAGAUGGACUAUAAGAUGACAGAUGAUGUACGGAAAAAUGUACGGAGCGGUGUAUUAGCAAAUGGAGCUCUUCACUGGGUGGACGUGGGAGGAACCGUUCUUACCUUUGAUUUGGCCAAUGAAAAGCUUAGCGUAAUUCCAUCGCCACCCAUUUAUAGGGCUGCACAUGGGCGGGAGAAAAAGAUACACAAAGAAUGGAAUCUGUUGAAAGGGAAAAAGUUGAGCCAGGAGAUGCAGACUGCAGCAUGCAGUGACAACAGCCAGUAUGAAGUAAGAGAUCUAAAGGUCAAGCAAAAUACCUCAGACCUGCUAACGUUAGGAUCUAUGACAAGAUUACUCCUUUGA